CUCUCUCUCUCUCUCUAACCAAUGCAAAGAACCAAAAUCUCUCUCUUAUUGACCAAGGAAAUAAAUAAAUAGGAAACGGAAAGGGAACGCCCCUGUUCCCCUUCUCGCUCUCUCCUUUUAUAAAAACCUCCUCUUUUCACUCUCAAAACCCCUCCUUUUUCGCUUCAAUUUGUGUUUCCUCUUUUCAUUUUGCACAUAUUUCAGAUACUGGAACUUAUUUGGUUCCCCGAGCUUAACUGGUUAUGUUUUUGAUCGGAAGUUCAUGGAAGAUGAAGAAUUGGAUCUGCGUUCCUUUACUAACUGAUCCGUCACAUAGGAGAAUAUGCAUCUGCAGUAGCUUACCGGCGGCUGUUCUCCUUUGUGUUAUUUUCUUUGUGGGGAGUGCUUUGGUCACAUUCAAUUCCAAAGAGAAAGCACCAACAUGGCAAGCAGCUAAUUAUGUUGAAACCGCUAAAUCUCCUUUGCCGAUCACUCCGUCCGAGUUAUGCAAGAAUCAAAACAAGCCUUUAGGGAGUGAACUAUUGCCAAGAGGCAUUAUCAGCGAGACGUCGAACUUGGAAAUGGACACCUUAGGGGGCUCUCCAGAGAAAAAGGGACAUGAGAAACCGUCAAAAAGCUUGUUAGCAAUUCCUGCUGGAAUAAAGCAAAAGGAAGUUGUGGAUAAAAUUGUUUCGAAGUUCCCUUCCGCUGAGUUUAUUGUGAUGCUGUUUCACUAUGACGGCGUCGUGGAUAAGUGGGGAGACUUACAGUGGAGUGAUCGCAUUAUACAUAUAUCUGUCAUUAAUCAAACAAAAUGGUGGUUUGCUAAGAGGUUUCUACAUCCAGACAUAGUUGCGGAGUAUAACUAUAUAUUUCUCUGGGACGAGGAUCUUGAUGUGAAAAACUUUAAUCCUUCGAGGUAUUUAGAAAUAGUUAAAAAAGAAGGGCUAGAGAUAUCGCAACCUGCAUUAGAUGGUAAAAAAUCUCAGAUUCAUCAUCGAAUCACAGCUCGUUGGGGAAGAGGAGAUGUACACAGAAGAAUAUACAAGUUAAAUGGCGGUGGGAGAUGUUAUGGCAACAGCACCGGCCCUCCGUGCACAGGAUGGGUGGAAAUGAUGGCUCCUGUCUUUUCCAAAGCUGCUUGGCGAUGCGUAUGGUAUAUGAUUCAAAAUGACUUGAUUUACGCUUGGGGUCUCGAUUAUAAACUUGGCUACUGUGCGCAGGGUGAUCGGACAUUAAAUGUCGGGGUGGUGGACCGUGAAUAUGUAGCUCAUAUGGGUAUCCCUUCGCUUGGCGGGUUAUUAGAUGAGAAUAAGGUGUCGCCUGGAUCGACAACAUCUCAAGAUAAAGAUAGAUAUCGAGUGAGGCACCGCUCUUACGAAGAACUGAAGAUAUUCAACAAGCGAUGGCAAAAAGCUGCGGAGGAUAAGUGCUGGACCGACCCGUACCCUGAACAAGGGAAGAACUCGACGAACCGAUAAUCACAUACGCAGUUCUCCGUUUCCCCUUCGGCAUCCACUGAAUUUCAUAUACAAAGCUUCGGCCCGUGUCGUCGAGAUAUUAUACCAACCAAAAUCUUCGCUAAAUAGAAAUUUACAAACUCAAAUGUUUUCUCUAGGUAUAUAGGAAAGGAAUAUGCAGUAAAUGUAAAUGCAUGAUCCAUUCUUUCGCGAAUAACAUCGGUGUUUUAGUGUUUCAUAGCGAAAAAAUAACAGCGGUGUUUUAGUGUUUCAUAGCGGAAAAGUUUUGUGUAAAUGGCAUUUGUGUAUAAGGUUUUAUUAUCUUCAUCAUUUGCUUCUCUAGCAUUUUAGGAUAUUGGUGUAAUCAAAGAGUAAUUAGUGUUCGUAAUUAUAAGAGUUUUGUUACUUUGCGAGGUUUAAUUUCAGUAUUUAGCUUUUUCUCUCUCUUGUAAAGGAUAUUGAUUCAAUUGAGCACUUGUAAAGUUUAUUUCC